AUGGCGUUGUUUAUACAGAGCUGCUGUUUUCUCGGCCGUUUUUCCUCCUGUAAUUUGUUACGCAGUUCAAGAGCCACUCCUGUCGUGUACACCAGUAACUUCUCAACUGUGGUGAAGUCCUCCUCACAUCAUGAUAGAAAAAAGGACAUCUCAGAUGAAGAUGGACCAAAUCUUCAAGACUUUAUUUCUGGAGAAUUGUCUGAGAAAAGCAAAUGGGCCGAAUAUAAAGGCGAUCUGAAGAGACAGAAAGGAGAAAGAUUACGGCUUCCUCCAUGGCUCAAGACUGAGAUUCCCAUAGGGAAGAACUUUAACCGACUCAAAAACACAUUGAGAGACCUCAACUUGCACACAGUAUGUGAAGAAGCCAGGUGCCCUAACAUCGGGGAAUGCUGGGGUGGAGGAGAGUUUUCUACUGCAACAGCAACAAUUAUGCUGAUGGGGGAUACUUGCACUCGCGGCUGCAGGUUCUGCUCUGUAAAAACAGCCCGUCAGCCUCCUCCUCUUGAUCCUAAUGAACCUUACAAUACUGCCAAGGCAAUUGUGGCUUGGGGCCUUGACUACGUAGUCCUGACAUCGGUGGAUAGAGAUGACCUUUCAGAUGGAGGGGCAGAACACUUUGCCAAAACAGUUUCUAAUAUAAAAGAAAGGAAUGCAGCUAUCUUAGUCGAAUGUCUAACACCUGAUUUCCGUGGCGACCUGACAUCUGUGGAGAAAAUUGCAUUGUCAGGACUGGAUGUAUACGCUCACAAUGUAGAAACUGUGCGAGAGCUACAAAGAUAUGUUCGUGACCCCAGGGCGAACAUUGACCAGUCUUUGAAGGUUUUGCGUCAUGCUAAGGAAGUGAAAAGUACUAUUCUGACAAAGACGUCAAUCAUGCUAGGACUGGGGGAAACUGAUGAACAAAUUCAAGAUACAUUGCAAGAGCUGCGAGAAGCUGGUGUUGACUGUUUAACAUUAGGCCAGUACAUGCAACCAACAAAACGCCAUCUUAAGGUGGACGAGUAUGUCACUCCAGAGAAGUUUGCUCAUUGGGAAAAAGUUGGCAAUGACAUGGGGUUUCUGUACACUGCCAGUGGACCCCUGGUGCGAUCCUCCUACAAAGCAGGUGAAUUCUUUCUGAAAAACCUGCUGGACAAAAGAAAAGCUGACGAAAAGAAAGAAGCUUAA